AUAAAUUUCGAGCCUGCGAAAAGAAAUUUCUCAUGCAUGUCGACAAACCCGAAGAAGAAUAAGACUGAAGAGUACUCUAUUAUAAAUACCGUAACAGGCAAAGCAGAAAUACACAAACUUCUGAGCAAAACUAUCAAAACUUGUUUCUUUCACAGCCAAACCUCUCUCUCUCUCUCUCUCUCUCUCUCUCUCUCUCUCACACACACACACAGAUAUUGGAAUAUGGAGAGUCCAAAGUCACCACUUCAGCCCCCAACUUAUGGAAACCUAAUCACAGUUCUCAGCAUUGAUGGAGGUGGAAUAAGAGGACUUAUCCCAGGGACUAUCCUCGGCUUCCUGGAGUCUGAACUUCAGAAGCUGGAUGGUGAGCAAGUAAGACUUGCAGAUUACUUUGAUAUUAUUGCCGGAACAAGCACAGGUGGUCUUGUGACCGCGAUGUUAACAGCACCUGGCGAAAAUAACCGCCCCUUGUUUGCCGCUAAAGACAUUAAAGACUUCUACCUUGAGCACUGCCCUAAAAUAUUCCCACAACCCAGCUUCACACCAUUUCCUAACACUACAAAGAUAGUAAAAGCCUUAUCAGGACCAAAAUAUGAUGGGAAGUAUCUCCACAACAUUGCCAAAGAAAAGCUUGGAAAUAUAAAGCUACACCAGGCCUUGACUAAUAUUGCGAUUCCUACUUUCGACAUCAAGAAACUCCAACCGACCAUCUUUUCCUCCUACGAGGUGAAGAAUAAGCCAAGCUUGGACGCAUUACUCUCAGAUAUAUGCAUUGCAACCUCAGCAGCACCAACUUAUCUUCCUGCACAUACUUUUGAAACCAAGGACCCUGAUGGAAAAGUGAGGGAAUUUAACCUAAUUGAUGGUGGCGUAGCUGCAAAUAAUCCGACUUUAAUUGCAAUUGGGGAAACAACAAAGCAGAUCAUGAGGGGAAACUCAGACUAUUUCGCAAUAAAGCAAUUGGACUAUGGUCGACUCCUGGUUAUAUCAUUGGGAACUGGCACACACAAAGAGGAAGAGAAAUACAAUGCAGAUGGAGCAGCUAAAUGGGGUUUAUUGGGGUGGUUAACAAAUGCUGGCUCCACGCCUUUGGUAGAUGUUUUUACCCAAGCCAGUGCUGACAUGGUUGACUACCACCUUAGUGUCAUUUUCCAAGCCCUCCACUCUGAAAAGAAUUAUCUGCGAAUUCAGGAGGACACUUUAACAGGGGUAGUAUCAUCUGUUGAUAUAGCUACCAAAGAAAAUUUGGAGGCUCUAGUCAAAGUUGGUGAGAAUUUACUCAAGAAACCAGUGGCGAGGGUAAAUUUGGAAACAGGUCUUGUGGAAUCUUCUGAUCAGGAGACUAAUGAACAAGCUCUCCAAAGGUUUGCAAAACUACUCUCCGAUGAGAAGCGACUUCGUGAUAUCAGAUCUCCAUCUCCCCAUGGGCUCACCAUAAAUCCGAAGGGUUUUAAACUAAGUUUAGUUCCUGAGGCAUAUUCCAGUACUGCUCAAAAGUGAGCAGUAUAUGUUUGAGGUUGCUGAUAAUUACAUUUCUUUAACCUUUUUUCAAUUCGAAUAAUAUUCAAUUAGGAAAAAUCUCUGUAUACAUAACCAUGUUUUUGAUUAUGUAUAUCGAAUUUGUUAUGUAUCGAAUGAAUAAAAGUAUCUAAAUAUUUUAGGAA